AUGUUUUUUUUUUCGAGUAAAAAUAAAUCAUUUUUGCUAUGGGCAAGUUUUAUGCUUAUAUAUUUUACUAACAUAUCAAUAUACGUAAGCAAAAUACAUCAUCAUGGUUUGAAUAAAAAAAUAUAUAAUUUAAAUUUUGUGAGUAAUGUAUUUAAGUAUAAUGCAAGAAGGAGAGGUAAUUCAUUAAAUGUUUUAAUCAAUUCUCCAGCACAAGUAAAAUUAUCCGAAAUGGAAGAUGCUAAAGAUAGAAGUGGGAAAUAUUGUAUUAUAGAAAUAUGUGGGAAAAUUAGAUGGGUAGAAGAAGGUCGGUUUUAUGAUGUAUUUAGAAUAAAACAAGAAGAAAAUAGAAAUAUAUAUUUGAAUAGAAUUUUAUUUUAUAGUAAUGAAGAGGGGAAUAUAUUUUUUGGGAGACCAUUUUUAGAUAAUGUUAGAAUUCAUGCAACCGUAUUAAAUCAUUUUAGAGGACAUAAAAUAUAUCGAUUGAAAUAUAAACCGAAAAAAAAUUAUAAAAGAUUUUAUGGGCAUAGACAAGAAAUGACAAGAAUUAAAAUAAAUAAAAUUGAAUAUAAUAAUGAAUUACUUGGACAGGAAAAAAGAAUUUAUAAUUUCUUUAAAGAUGAUUCUCUAUAUUAUAUAUUAAAUCGUAUACAUAAUAUAGUAAGACCAAGUUUAGAAUUAAAACAUUUAAAAAAAAAUUUUAUAGAAUAUAUUAAUUCUUUCUGCUCUUUGAAAUUCGAAACUUUUUAUAAACAUAAAGGUAAUUACAAAAAAGAAAAAAUGCUUCGUAAUAUUCUAAAAACAAAAAAAUUAAGUAAAAGACCUGAAGUUAUUGAAGAAGUUAAAAAAAUAGAAGAAGAAAAAAAGAAACAACGAUUAACUAAAUGUGACCCUCUGGAUGAUUUUGAUCCAGUUGUAAAUGAAUUUAUGAUAAAAGAACAUUUCUAUUCAUAA